AUGAUGAUGUACAACGCCAUAGUUAUUAUAUCAAUCGUCGUUUUAUUUCACAUUAACAUCGUUUAUAAUUCAACUAUACAUGACGCAAGAUCUAACGAAGAAACAUUACAAGAUCAUGAACAUCAAAUAUCAUUAAUUGAUCAAGAUGACGAAGAUUUAUAUGAUAUGGAUAAACGAUUAGCUAAUAUGAAAUUUGCUAGUGGACUAGGAAAACGAUUAGCAAAUAUGAAAUUUGCUAGUGGACUAGGAAAACGACUAGCGAAUAUGAAAUUUGCCAGCGGAUUGGGAAAACGCCUGGCGAAUAUGAAAUUUGCUAGUGGCCUUGGAAAACGACUUCCAUCAAUGAAAUUUGCAUCUGGUUUAGGUAAACGAAAUGAAUACGAGGAUUUAAUGGAUUUUACUGAUGAAAAUGAGAAUCAAUUCAAUCGACAUUAUUUUUAA